AAUGUGUCUGUCUGGAUCUGUAGCGUUUAUUUCUGCUACACUUUUAAUAAAACUCAAUUCAAUCUUUGACUGGAUUUAUUAUGAAGAUGAAGACUUUAUUGUGUCUGAUGAUGUUUAUAAUGAUCAGCUUCAUCUCGGUGAAAGCAAGAUGUCCCGGGGUGUGCGAAUGCCCGGCAGAGCGACCUGUGUGCCCACCGGGCGUAAGCACUGUGCCUGAUGGGUGCGGCUGCUGUAAGGUGUGUGCCGCUCAGCUGAACGAUGACUGUCAUGAAGGACGGCCCUGUGACCAUCAUAAGGGUCUUGAGUGUAACUAUGGAAACGAUGUGGCGAGUAUCCAUGGAAUCUGCAGGGCUAAACUUGAAGGGCGCUCGUGUGAAUACAACGGACGGAUGUAUCAGAACGGACAGAGUUUCCGUGCCGGUUGCAAACAUCAGUGCAUCUGUAUCGACGGAGCUGUCGGCUGUUCGCCCCUUUGCCCCACUGAUAUUCCUCUGGCCACGCCCUCCUGCCCCGCCCCCCGGCUGGUCAAAGUGCCCGGUCAAUGCUGCCUCAGCGUGGACUGCCACAGCAAGUCCUCGGUCCUGCCACCCGUCUUCAGACGACCACAACCUCCUCCCUACCUGUUCCCAGACCUGCACAAGUUCAAGAAGCCCGGGCCGAAACCACACCCCAACAAACCCAAAUACUCCCUGAGCAAUGAACUGACAGAGCUGGACAAAAAAUGGGAUAAACCACACAGUCGAAAGCACCUGCCAGCAUGGAAGCAAGCUGGGCGUCAAUGUGUCACCCAGACCACGAGCUGGACACCUUGUUCUCGCAGCUGUGGGAUGGGGGUGUCCUCUCGGGUCACCAACGACAACGCUCAGUGCAAACUGGUGAAGGAAUCCCGACUCUGCAACAUUCGGCCCUGCAGUUCUGUCGCUGUGCCCAUAAAGAAAGGGAAGAAAUGUUCUCGUACCCAGAAGUCUCCUGAACCUCUGCGUCUUCAUUACGCCGGUUGCCGCAGCGCUCACCUCUAUCAGCCCAACUACUGCGGUAUGUGCUUGGACGGACGAUGCUGCUCUCCACGCCGCACACAAACGGCCCCCGUGCUCUUCACGUGCCACGGCGGUGAGCGCUUCGAGAGGGCCGUCAUGUUCGUGCAGUCCUGCAAAUGCAACGAUGAAUGCGGGCACCUGAACGACGCAGCCCUGCCCCCUCAGCGCUGGCUGUACGGCGACAUGCACAAGUUCAUCGAUUAGGAUUUGUUUUUGUGAAGACCCCUGCCCUGCCCCAUCCCAGCAGACCCCCGAUAGAGUAGCGUUUCUAACUAAAACCAAUUAGACGCUAGACCAUGCAGGGCCUUUGUCGCACCUCAAAUCCACACGGGAAAGGCCAAGUUUGGUUUCUGAAUCCUUUUACCAGAGUGGAUUGGAGCUUUAGAAUAUAGACAUUUUAAUGAGGGUCCUGGCGGACAUCACCGAAAGGUUGUGAAUAUAUAGAUAGGAGUUUUAUGAUUGUCUAGCCCUCACCAGUAAACAGUGAUGCAUUCUGGAGCAUCUGCACAGGUGGACGCAUCUGGUCGUCUCGUGGACAUCAAUCAUUACACUCAUUGGAAGAACAUUAGCAAAAAGGAUUGUCAACGUAGCGGGACCAAACCCAAGUCCUUACACGGGCCGGUGUUUUUUCAGUAAUUUCUUUAAUCUGCCAAAUACAGUUGAUUUGGUUCGGUUGAAUUUGGACAUUCGACACAUUGAGAUGUCUUUCUUGACUAAAGGGACUUAAAGGAACUUUUUAAGAUGUAAAAUAAAUCUUUGGUGUCCCCAGAGUGCGUAUGUGACGUUUUAGCUCAAAAUAUCAUAUAGAUAAUUUAUUAUAAGAUGUUAAAUUGCCACUUUGUUGGUGUGAGCAAAAAUUUGCUGUUUUUGGGUGUUUUCUUUAAAUGCAAAUGAGCUGAUGCUAAUGCAAACACUGAUCACCAUAAUGGUGGUUUGUUGAAAUUGAAACUCAAUUGUGCUGUCAAUUAUUUUUUCUUGCGCUCUCUCUGCACUAAAUGGCAGUGCUGUGGUUGGAUUAAUGGGGAGUAUUAUUAUAAUAAGAUCCCCUUCUGACAUCACAAGGGGAGCCAAAUUUUAAUUACCUAUUUUUCAGGUUUGCAGAGAAUGGUUUAUCAUAACUAAGUUACUGGGUUGAUCUUUUUCACAUUGUCUAGGCUGAUACAAGCACUGGGGACCCAAUUAUAGCACUUAAACAGAUUUUCAUGAUAUGUCCCUUUUAAGUGUACUAUGGGACUCCUUCAGGAACAUUUGCCAAGUGCCACAGUGCCCUGGCGUCAAAACGUCGGCUCCCCAACACCAAACUAAUUACAAAUUCUGUUCUUUUGGGGGAAGAGAGGAACCCAGUAACCCUCUGGUUUGCAGUAAAACUUAUGUUAAAAACACCAGCAUAUGAUGUAAACAUGUAAUUUAAAAGUAAUGGGUGGGACGCUGCUCUGUAAUCUAUCACGUGAUGUCCGUGUUUUAUGACACCGGCCUCUAUUUCUGCCUCGUGGCACUGGUACGUGAGAUGAAGGAGGUGACGUCAUGCAAUCUGUUCUCCGAGUCGACCGAAGGAAUGAGGGUUUUAUCCGAGGCGUUGUAAUGCAAGAAGCAAUGAGCCCUUACAGUCAAAGCAUCAUUGUGUUUUUGCAGCUGUUGGGAAAUAUAAAAAAUAAGUCUGACUUGUAAAGUAGAUUUAUAUAUUUUCUGAUGAAUAUUUCUGCCGUAAUGCUUGAUGUGUUUGUGUGGUGAUUACCACAGGGUAAUAUGUAGCUGAUUCAAGAGUUCAUCCUCCCUCCAACAUCACUCAUAUAUAACUUUAUCAUACUUAAUCAUUCAGCAAACUGAAAGGGAUAGUUCACCCAAAAAUGAAAAUUCAUUUAUUCAUCCUCACAUGGUUUUAAACCUGUAUGAGUUUUUUUCUGAUGAACACAAAAUAAGAUAUUUUUAUAAAUGAUGGUAAACACACAGCUGACGGUACCAAUGUAAUGUUUUUAGUAAGCCAUGUUUGUUAAAACGAGUUAUAUUUCGUAGUUUAACUAAGGUCAAGUCCUGGCUUAAACUAAUCCCUGUCCAGGAAACCAUCCCAAAAGGUUCAGGUUCAAGCAGAGAGGUUUAAAGACAGUUUCGCAAAAAAGUCUUUGGAUAUUAUUAUAUAAAAUAAGGAGCAGGUGUGAGUAAACUGCAGGACAGUCAUAUAAAUGUCAAAUAAAGAGCAUCUCAGUCUGGCUAUUGCUAUUGCAAUCCCAUCUGAUCAGAAUUUUAUAUGACUUUAUUAAAAACACUUUUGUGAAACUCUCUAUAAAGUGUCUUAUGUGACUUUUGUAAUCAGGUGACAUCAGAAAAGCCAGCACGUGAUAAAAUACUUUAUUAAACCACAUUUGGAUACUGAUUCUGGACUAAAUUUUGUGUAAUAACCCUAGUUUCACAGACAAGACAAGACUUAGUCUUAGUCCAAGACUAAGACACAUGUUUGAGCAGUCUCGACUCACAAUAACUUGCACUGACAUUUUAAAACAUGCCAGCAGCACCAUGGAUUUGUCUCAGUAUACACGCCAGUAAUCAUUUUCUAAUGUUUAUAAAAGAUGCUUAAACAUCUUAACUAAGGGUUAGUCCUGGCUUUAGCUAAGCCUGGUCUUAAAAGCAGGCCAAAGUGGUCUUUUAUUUGAUUAAUGCUGAAGAAAACCCCUCACCACGUAUCAUAUAAACCAAUUCUCUGCAGUCGUGGGAUCUUUUUCAUACGUUAUAAACACUGUGUUAGUGUAGUUUUCAUGUAAAAGCAUCUCUGCCUUCAACAUUGUACCUUGUCAACAUGAAUAAGUGAUUCAUAUCUUUCACAGUAUUGAAUCUAAGGCCUUAUGAAAUCAAUUUUUUUCCAAAUUCCGUUUUAUUUUAUUUUUUCAGGAUUCUGGUCUUAAUGGUUAAACUAAAUUUCAGUUACAAAAAGCAAUUUAACAAUUUAUUAAAGUAAACAUAUGACAUUUUUUGAGAUGCUAAAUAAGUCUUUGGUGUCCCCAGAGCGCGUAUUUGAAGUUUUAGCUCAGAAUAGCCCACAGAAAAUGUAUUAUAACAUCUUAAAAGUGCCAAUUUAUAGGCCUGCGCAAAACUGUGUCGUUUUUGAGUGUCAUUCAAAAUGCAAAUGACCUGAUUAAAGCAAACACUGAUCACCAUAAUGGUGGUUGGUUGAAACUCAA